AUGGCCGAAAAUGCCUCGUCCUCCAACAUCCUCGCCAGGGUGAACGAGAAACACGUCGUCCACUACCAAGAUAAUGAUAAACAUGAGCGAGAGCGAGAACAACAGUAUGGAAAAGCAAAGAGUCAAGAUUUGCCAUUCUAUCCUGCUUUCUGCUUCCCCGCAUCCCCGACCCAUUUCACCUGGGUGAAAAUGAGCAUCGCGGAUAUCCACCGUUUGCGAGGGAGGAGCGGAUUUGAAGGCCAGAAUAUCCUCUUCUACAACAACCAUCCCAUCCAAUUCGUGUGUCUAGCCGGCUACAUCGUCUCGCGCGAGGACUACGAGCGCCGCACCGUGCUAAACGUCGACGACAGCAGCGGCGCCAUUCUCGAGCUCAUCACGUUAAAAGCUCCGGUCAAACAGGACGCGCACAUCGGCAAUGCCUCAGCAGAAACAGAGACCGCAGAAAUGACGCACAUAACCUCCACAGCGCGCACGCCAAUCGACAUCACGGAACUUCGCAUCGGCACCGCAGUCAAAAUCAAAGGCACACUAUCAUGCAAACUGCCGCUGUUCCAGACUACAAACACACAAGUAAUCCUGGAACGGUUCUGGGUUCUGUGCGACACGAGCGCAGAAAUCAAAUUCUGGAACGAGCGCUCCCGCUUCCUGAUGGAUGUUCUUUCGAAGCCGUGGUGUUUGACGGAGGAUGAGAUUGCGUCGCUGCGCCAGCAGGCGCGCGUCGAACAGGGUAGAGCGAUGAAAGAGAGGCAGAGAAUGCAGGAGCGGAAGAAGAGAUUGGAAGGGAGGGAGCAGAGGUAUCAGAGACGCAUUGUCCGGAGAUGGCAAGCGGAGGAGAAGUUGAGGGAGAAGGAGAGUGAGCGUGUUAGGGAAAGUAAUAAGAGGUGGUUGGCUUCAAAGGGACUGAUUGGCUGA